AUGUACAAGUUCAAGGAGAUCCAGACCAUUCCUCCGGCCAAGCAGCUGGUGGAUAUUGUCUUGUCGAAGACACAGCGGAAGACGCCAACCGUGGUCCAUCCAGGAUUCAAGAUCACCCGAAUCCGCUCCUUCUACAUGCGGAAGGUCAAGUUCUGCCAAACCACCUACAACGAGAAGUUCUCCAAGAUCAUCGAGGAGUUCCCCAAGAUCGACGACAUCCACCCCUUCUAUGCAGACCUUUGUAAUGUCCUCUAUGACAGAGACCACUACAAGCUGGCUUUGGGCCAGGUGAAUGCCUGCAAGAAGAUCGUCGACGGCAUAGCAAAGGACUACGUGAAGAUGAUGAAGUUCGCGGACAGCCUUUACAAAUGCAAGAUGCUAAAGAGAGCAGCCCUUGGUCGCAUGGCCACAUCUGUCAAGAAGCUCACAGGCGCGUUGUCGUUCCUCGAAGAGGUUCGGCAACACCUGGGGCGACUGCCGUCGAUCAAUCCCGCCACGAGGACCCUGAUCCUCACAGGCUACCCCAACGUCGGCAAGUCCUCCUUCAUGAACAUUGUCACGAACGCAAACGUGGAUGUGCAACCGUACGCCUUCACCACAAAGUCCCUGUUCAUAGGGCAUUUGGACCACAACUACGUGAAGUGGCAGGUCAUCGAUACACCUGGGAUCCUGGACCAUCCACUGGAGGACCGGAACAGCAUUGAGAUGACGGCGAUCACGGCCCUGGCACAUCUGCCGGCAGCGAUCCUUUUCUUCGUGGACGUCUCAGAGCACUGCGGGUUCAACCUCGCGACGCAGGUUGCCCUGUUUCAUUCGAUCAAGCCGCUCUUCCGAAAUCGGCCCUUGCUCAUCAUCCUGAACAAGCCUGAAGCUCAGGGUUUAGGGGUUUAG